CAUUCAUUACACUCUCACUCCCACUCUCACCUAGACUUCUUCCUCUCCGUGCUUGACGCUGUUGUCGGGCCGCCGCCUCUCCCCGUUCAGUGCCGCCGCCGCCUCUCUCCCACUUUGUCCCGCCGCCGCUGCCUCUCUACCAGUAUAGGGAGCCACUAUGUUCUUCCACAUAGUUUUGCAGAGGAACAUGCAGCUGCAUCCACGGCACUUUGGCCGUAAUCUCCGUGAGAAUCUGGUGUCAAAACUCAUGAAAGAUGUUGAGGGUACUUGCAGUGGUCGACAUGGUUUCAUAGUAGCAAUUACGGGAAUUGAGAACAUUGGUAAAGGAUUGAUUAGCGAUGGGACAGGUUUCGUCACUUUUCCCGUUAAAUACCAAUGCGUCGUGUUUCGACCAUUCAAGGGAGAAAUCUUAGAAGCAAUUGUUACUAUGGUAAACAAGAUGGGUUUCUUUGCUGAAGCUGGACCUGUUCAGAUUUUUGUUUCAAACCAUUUGAUACCAGAUGAUAUGGAGUUUCAGUCUGGAGAUAUGCCAAACUAUACCACUUCGGAUGGAUCAGUUAAGAUUCAGAAGGACAGCGAAGUUCGAUUAAAGAUAAUCGGGACUCGAGUCGAUGCAACUGAAAUAUUUUGUAUUGGCACCAUUAAAGAUGACUUCUUGGGUGUCAUAAAUGACCCUGCGACAGCUUAGAACAAUCUUGGUCGGGAAUUUCUUCCCUAAGUUACCAGCUUGUUGUACACAUUGUUAGUUUACUAAUUUUACUGUCUAGUUUCUGCAUUUCCUUGACUGUUCUCUGUCGAAUGAAACGGAUUCGUUUGCCCGUUACUUGGUGUAGCAAUAUUUGGAAUGAGAAACGUAUUUAUAACGACCUAA